AUGUCCCAUCUCACUUUCUUCACCUACGAAGGCUUCGGCUCCAAGGCCCUCGAGUCCCACGCUUACAACCAAGCCGUGCGGAUGGACAACCAAAUCUGGAUAUCAGGUCAAGGCGGCUGGGACAGACAGACGACGGAAAUAAGCCCGGACGUGGCAACACAAAUCGACCAGGCCUUUGACAACGUCGACUUUGUGCUCAAAGACGCGGGCGGGAAGGGGUGGGAGCAGGUGGCCGUGGUCAGGUCUUAUCAUACCGACCUCUCGGAUGAGGCCCAGGAGGUCAUGGUGAGGAACUUUCGCAGGUGGAUGCCGAAUCACAAGGCGCUGUGGACGGCUGUCGGGGUGAAGAAGCUGGGGGAUGAGAGGAUGAUUAUGAGCGCAAUAUAA